CGUCGCCGCCGCCUCCGUGGGGCCCUCCGUGUCUGCGCAGCGCGGCCCGCGGCUCCCGGAGGAGCAUCCGAGCGCGGGGCUCGGCGCGGGCGCGGAGCGCGGCCAUGGCGGACGGUGUGGGAGCGGGCGCGGCGGGCCAGGCCUCGGGAUCGGCGGCGGGCUCGAGUGGGGCAGGGGGCCCGGUCAACCCUGCUUCGCUACCUCCGGGAGACCCGCAGCUCAUUGCUCUCAUAGUGGAGCAGCUCAAGAGCCGCGGCCUGUUCGACAGCUUCCGCCGGGACUGCCUGGCUGACGUGGACACCAAGCCAGCUUACCAGAACCUGAGGCAGAAAGUGGAUAAUUUUGUGUCAACACACCUGGACAAACAGGAAUGGAAUCCUGCAAUGAACAAGAACCAGUUGCGAAAUGGGCUGAGGCAGAGCGUGGUUCAGUCAGGCAUGUUGGAAGCAGGAGUGGACAGGAUCAUUUCUCAGGUGGUGGACCCCAAACUAAAUCACAUCUUCAGGCCACAGAUAGAGCGAGCAAUCCACGAGUUCCUGGCAGCCCAGAAAAAAGAACCUGUGCCAGCUCCUCCUCCAGAACCUGAAAGCCAGGAUCCUCCAGCGCCAUCCCAAGAUACCUCCUAAGGAUAUACCUGAUACCUUUGGAAGACUCCAUUUAAUGAAGAAAUGAAACAGAUUCCAGUUUCAUACUGAUAUAAUAGUCGCCGCCGAUGUCACUACUGAUGUCAAGAUUUUGACCUUGACUCGGGUGUUGUCCAUAUUGGAUGGACAGCAAGUUUGGUGGUGGGACGUUAUUCAUACUUCCUCAUGAAUUGUGCCACCUUUGGCCAGCCUGUCCAGGGGUCUGACCCCGGUAUAGACACUACAGAGGUUUAAGCACUACGUGACUCGGGCUGUCCUGAUCAGACCUUUAUACUUGAACCUGGACACUGCAUGUGGAUGUUAAUGCUUGUGCUCUGCAGUAUGCAGAAGCCAGGCUGGGGCUAGCCGGUCAGGACAGCAAAGGGCCCUGGGAACAGCUCUUUGACAGUGGGUUUUGAUAGCUUUGCUAGAGUUAUAGGCUGGGACGUGCUGCAGUUAGGGUCAGUAGCCCUAAGGUUAUUGUGACCUUCCUGUACUUCCUGUACUUGGGGAUUUUAGUGGUUUCCUUUCUCUUAACAGAGGUAACUUGGAGCCCUGGAGUGAGCCAGGGAAGCCCCACAGCCUCAGUCCUGGCCUCUCCCUAGCCACAGGGCGAGUCACUCUGGAUGUGGUAUUCAGUUCUUGUGUUUGUGUUUUCAGAAGAACCGUUAGUAAUAAAUAGCAGACGUUUUUG